AUGGGUGAAAAUGUAGACGGUCCAGAUUCUGUUACAAUCCGACCACAAUCUCCUAGCUAUGUAGUAGAAGGAGGGGGUUUGACUGUGAAUUGUGAAGCUGCCUGUAAUCCACCGUGUUCCUUCUCCUGGAAUCUGGGGACUCAGGAAAUCACAGCCAGCUCUCAGUUAAAACUGAGUAACACCAAGAGGAGUCAGAACGGGAAUGUUUACACAUGUAAAGUGACUAACACGGCUAUACCAAAAUCUAACAGUAAACAGUUCACACUGAGAGUAUACUAUGGUCCAGACAGUGUCCGGAUGAACACCACUUCUCCAAUGACAGUGAAGAAAGGUGACGAUGUAUCUGUGUCAUGUGAAGCGACUAACUGUUCUUCAUCCUGUUCUUUCAUGUGGAAGUUUAAAUCUCAGAUAAAAUCAACCAGUUCUGUGUUGUCAUUAAAUAACAUACAGAGAUCAGCAGCUGGUGCCUACACGUGUAAGGCUAGGAACACAAACACACAGGAAUCAUUAGACAAGACCAUUACUCUGGAUGUGCAGUACCGAUCUUCAAUCUCUUCUCUGACUUUGAACUCACAGUCUACAAACGUUACAGUUGAUGAGCUGACUCCUAUGACUCUGAGAUGUGAUGUUGAUGGUAAUCCAGGAUCUGACAUCAAACUGCUGAACAACUCACAAACUCUGCGUGAAGUGACAAACUCUAAACAGGCUGAGUACACGUGGAACGAGGCUGGAUGUCUGGAUACAGGACACUACACGUGUGAAGCGGGAAACAACAUCAAGUCAGCUGUCAGUGAAAGUGUGCAGCUUGUUGUAAUGUGUUCACCAAGAUUAGACCAUCGAGUUCUAUUCCUGAAAGAGUUUACAGUAACAAUAGGUGGUGACGUAACUCUGAAGAUAUCAGUGAUUGCCAAUCCAACACCGACAUUCACCUGGUAUAAACUGACUGAUAGAACAAAAACUCUUAUGCCAGGAACUUCAUCUACAACUGACGUAUCAGCUGUUGGGAAACUUACACUGACACAUGUUCAGCAGGGAGAUAUUGGUACCUAUCAGGUUGUUGUGUCAAAUGGAGCUCCACGACAAGAUCUUAUAGUGAACCUGACACUUGAUGUAGCAGGUCCUCCAGAUAUUCCCUCUUAUGUCGCAGCAUGGAGCAGUGAUCCAAACUCAGUCUCAGUUGCUUGGAUAGAGGCAUUUAACGGAGGAUCGGAGCAGACGUUUAUUGUACAGUACAGAGAAGACACAACAUUACGGUGGGGAAAUCUAACUGAAGUCAUUCUUGAAAAUGGUCGUGGCACCAUCCAGAAAGCUGUCAUAUCAGAUCUUCAGUCAAACAUGAGAUAUCUGGUGCGAGUUUUGGCUUAUAACAGAUAUGGGUACAAAGACUUUACUGAGGAACAGGAAGCUUUGACAUUACCCCCAGGUGAAUGUCUUGUACCAGUUUCAUCGAACAAAGUAACUGUAGAAGGAAUUGCAGUAGGGAUUGGAAUCGGGAUUGUUGUUGCAGCUGCAGCAGUGAUUGUGGUUAUCUUUAUUUUGUGGCGACGAGGUUAUGUGUGUGCAUCUUCAAAAUCAGACAGCCAACAGUCUGAAACUACGGUGUAA